AUGCGGUCCACAUCGCCCCUUGAGCAGAUCACCAGCGGCCCACACCGGCCACCCCGGUAUGGACACUUUGAGGCAGAGCACAGCCCAUGCGGCCCAAAACGACUACGUCCAUAUGGACAUGUUGAGGCAAAGCACAGGCGAUGCGGCCCACACCGACCACACCGAUACGUUGAGGCAGAGCUCCAUGCGGCCCACAACGUCCACACCGAUGUGGACACGUUGGGGCAGAGCACCAUGCGGCCCACAACGCCCACACCGGUAUGGACACGUUGGGGCAGAGCACCAUGCGGCCCACAACGCCCACCCGGUAUGGACACGUUGACGCAGAACACCAUGCGGCCCACAACGCCCACCCGGUAUGGACACGUUGACGCAGAACACCAUGCGGCCCACAACGCCCACCCGAUGUGGACACGUUGA